CCCGUCCUGAUUACCCUGUCAAAAUUGCCAAAAUUACCCCUCUGGUUUGGAAUCACUGAUAGCAAUUAAUUUCUGUCCGAAUAGAUAAAUAAAGAAUGGAUGAAAUAUUGAGUUGCUCUUCUUGUAAAACAAGAUUCGAAACAACUGGACUGAGGGAACCUCGAAUGCUUCGAUGCCAGCACACCUUUUGCAAAGUUUGCACUUUCGAGCAAGUAGGACCAGAUGGAACGUAUUGUCCUGCUUGUAAUGACACUGACUAUUCCCAGACAUCUUAUGAUCACGAUGCAAUUCAAGUUAAUUACACAAUUAUCCGUUUGCUCAAUGUUCAGGAAAAAGAUCAGAAAAAGGGGUGGAUUCCGUGGCUGAUCUCGUUGACCUACAAUUUCGUAAAGGUUUACCUCAUCACCGUCUGGUUUUGUGCAUGGACUACGUUGGUGAACACCCCCACAGCCGACCUUCGUCUCAGAUACGAAUCUAAAUUGGACUUCGUUUUGGUUAUAACAAUAAAGCCUCUUGCCUAUUUCUUGGGAAUAGAAUUGCCGCUAGGGGAGAGAUUUUGACAUUUUUAUAUCUUGGCUCAUCGCGGUUCACUAUAACAAAGGGCGAAAUACAUUCCUAGUUCUCGUAUGUUGGUUGCUUACUUUGACCGCUAUAAAUAAUUUGAUUGGGCUAGUUUCUCGAUUUAUUUUCGAACUUUGACUCAACCUUUUCCGAAGGUAGGAAUGCUUCCUAGUCUAACGGAUAAGAGGUAAAAUCAUGCACUUUUGGAUGCAAGCAUGAAACUUGGCACACAUGUACAGUAGCAUAUAAAAUUGCUUAUGCUUUAUAUCGAUAUUUACCAAGUCGGGGUCAACCCGAUGCCACUGUAGGGAAUAUUAGUAAUUAUAACAGUAACCAUGAAAAUGAUGAAUCUAAUAAAUCCCAACUGGUCAAAAAGAAUUUUCUAAUCCGGAAAAAUCGCUGUAAAUUAUAACACGUUGUUACUAAUUGGGCCAAAACCUACAUUGAACCAAAGACUGAAUUAUCGUUUAUGCAACAUGUCACAAGAUGUAAUGGUCGUGUCGAUCUUCUCUAUC